CUUGACAACAGAUUUCCCCACAGUAUUGCAGUUCUGGUGUGAGCAGCCUGUGCUGGGACGAGCUUUUAGACAAUGGCGAAGAAGGAAUGGGAUUAUACAUUCAAGAUUAUCUUGAUCGGCUCUCAAGGAGUUGGAAAGAUUGACUUGAUGUCCCAUUUUGCAGGUCAAGAUCAAAUGAAUAAUUCAGCCAUUGGUGUUGAUUUUAAACUCGAAGGCAUUGAAUUGGAUGGGAAGAAGAUUAAGCUUCAAAUCUGGGACACAGCUGGGCAGGAGAAGUUCCAAACAAUCAGUUCAUCUUACUUCAGAGGGGCCAAGGGAAUUAUGUUUGUGUAUGACGUUACCAACAGGAAAUCACUUGAGGACCUUGCAUUGUGGAUUGAGCAUGCUGCUGAGCAGGCGAAAAAAACAGAAAGAAUUAUUCUUGGAAAUAAUUGUGAGAGUGAAAGUGCACGGCAAGUUUCCAAGACAGAAGGAGAAGAGCUAGCAAAGAAACAUGGGAUGAGGAUUUUCGAGACAAGCACGAAAGCAAGCCUAAAUGUUGAAAAAGCCUUUCUUACACUUGCCAGAGAAAUUAAGGAAAAAAUGGACAGAACUGAAAAAAACUCCCUGUAAUUGUUGACAUUGUUGUGGAUUGGUAGACACUGGAAGAAACUACAAUGUAAAUCCUUACAAAGAAAACAACAAAACAAAAUUACAUUUGUAUAACGCCUUUCAUGUCAGGACGACGAAAACUGGAAUGUGUUAAUGAAAACAACGCAUCACUUUUGUUGCACUGUGCUCAGGCAUUGUCAUUAAGAAAUUAAUUAUGUUGGUUCCCAGAAUCAUUCAUUUUAAUGUGUGUUUAUACUAGUAGUCAGAAAUAUAUAGUAAACCUAUAUAUAACUCAAAAAUAAAUAUUCCUGUGGGCUAAUGAUGAACCAAAUGGU